AUGGACCCUCUACUUCGAUGUGUCGUUGCCGCUAGCGCGGGGAUCGCCAUCGAGAAUCCUUCCGGUGAUAGUUUCUCCUACUCUUUCCAGUUGGACUUUAAGUGCACAAACCACCAGGCAGAGUAUGAGGUGUUGAUCAUCGGUCAAGAGAUUUUGUUGGACUUAGGAGUCCGCGAAGUCCACGUUAUGGGCGAUUCUUUAUUGGUCAUCAAUCAGAUCGCUGAGAAGUUCAAAUGCCUCAGUUUCACUAUCGAACCUUACCUACGUAAGGCCUUCUCACUGCUUGAUCAGUUUGACAAUGUCUACAUGGAGUACAUCCCUUUGGAGUUCAAUUUUGCGGCCAAUGAACUAGCACAUAUUGCGCCCCAUGUCAGCCUAGGAGACGGGGUCUACGAGCGGCUGCUGAUAGGAGCACAAAGUUGUAAUGCACAGGAAUAG